GUUACUGAGCAUCUUCGUUUUCAAUUAGUGCCCCGCUUUUAUUUUAUAUAUUUUUUUGUUGUUGCAUUUUUUUUAAUUAGGAAGAGUAUUACCAUCACCAAACACCCCCUCCUCUUUCCUCUUUAUCCCAACCCAUCUCCUCCUUUCCCCCCCCCCCCCCAAAAAAAAAGCUUUUUUGGACGGCGGGGAUUCCACUUUGCGAUGCUGCUCUCCAAGAAGAUUGGAUCGUUUGCUCACAUUUGCAGCCCAAGCAGCAUGGAUUUACCGGUUAAAAUCCAGUUGCAGCAAGUGAAGGAGCGAGAGCCUUUUGAGAAAGUCUAUCAGAUCGGGGCAGUGCUGGGCAGCGGAGGUUUCGGCACUGUCUAUAGUGGAGUGCGGCUCAGUGAUGGGCUCCCGGUCGCUGUCAAACAUGUAGCCAGAGAGCGAGUGACCGAGUGGGGCUCACUGAAUGGCAGUCUGGUGCCCCUGGAGAUUGUCUUGCUUAAGAAGGUGGCUGGAGGAUUCCGAGGAGUGAUCAAAAUGCUGGAUUGGUACGAGCGAGGGGACGGCUUCUUGCUGAUCAUGGAGCGGCCGGAGCUGGUCAAGGAUCUGUUUGAUUUUAUCACCGAGAAGGGGGCUUUGGAGGAGGAGCUGGCCCGGGUCUUUUUCAGACAGGUCCUGGAGGCGGUCCGACACUGCUACAACUGCGGAGUGGUUCACCGGGAUAUCAAAGACGAGAACCUGCUGGUGGACCUUCGCUCCGGGGAGCUCAAGCUCAUCGACUUCGGCUCAGGGGCGCUGCUCAAGGACACGGUCUACACCGAUUUUGACGGCACAAGAGUGUACAGCCCUCCCGAGUGGAUCCGUUACCAUCGAUACCAUGGCAGAUCAGCCACUGUGUGGUCUUUGGGAGUGCUGCUAUAUGACAUGGUGUGUGGGGAUAUCCCUUUUGAACAAGAUGAAGAAAUCUUGCGUGGCCAAGUGUACUUCAGGAGGAGAAUUUCUUCUGAAUGUCAGCAUUUGAUUAAGUGGUGCCUUGCCUUGAGGCCUUCCGAGAGACCCAUGCUUGAACAGAUCUUUGAUCAUGCUUGGAUGCGAAAGGCAGAAGUGGUUAAAACUGAAGACUGUGACAUCAGGCUGCUAAGCCUAGGCCAUGAGCACUCGAGCACAAGUUCAAGCAAGGAGAGCCUGUGAAUUAUCAAUGUCUCGCAGCAGGAGGGGAGUUAUACACUAAAGGACCCUGUGGUGGUGCCACCAGCUUGAUGUGGGAGGGGAUGAUAGUUGAUUUGACAUCCAAUCCUGUGGGGUGGUGGGGUGGGUGGUGGGUGGAAUCUGACUGCUGGUUACUGCUCUGAACUAAUUAUUUUGUUUUCUUUUGGGAACUUUAGAGUUUGGGAAAAGCAGGCCAGUACUUGGCAAUGACUGACCUUUAUUUUUUAGCAAAAAGUGACCUCCAAACAAUGCAAACUCUGCUCUCAUAGAGCCUGGACUAAAUGUUCUUUGCUUUCUGAGUGCCUUUUGAAAGCUGCUUUAAUUCACUGGUGAUGGAAUACUUGAACACAUUUUGUUCCCCUUCUAUCUUUUGCUGCUCAGAACACUUCAGCCUGCACAGCUAAAGGUGUGUACAGGGAUGUCAAGAACUUUGUCUGUCAGCAAUGUUGGUUUUUUUUUUUAUUUUUCCAGCCAUCGCAACCACUAGGCAGAAGGCCCUUUUUUUGAGUCUCUCUCCUCUUCCAUCAACCUGCGAGUUUUAUUUGUAUGUGGCCAAGGCAUGUCGGGGCAUGGUUGUAUGCACAAUCAAUGCAAUUCAAGGACACUUUCAAGACUGUAUAUUGUAUGAAAUGUAAAUUGUUCCAUUAUGUAUUAUAAUCUGGUUUUUAUUUAUUUGUAUUCUGAAAAGUUAGACUGUCCACAAAUUUCACGUGGCUAUUUAUUUGUUUAAUUUAUUUUAGAAAAUUUCCAACACUGUUCUGCUUCCAUGACACCAACCAAUUUGGUUAGUCUAUGGUAUAUUUCUGCAUUCCUGUUUUUUCUGCAUUUUUUUUAAAUACCAUGCAGGUUUAGUGGAUUUGUCAUGCUAGUGGAAGGUGAAUGGAAGCUUAUGUCCAAAAGCUAUCCUUUUAAAAGGGCAACAGAUGGAUUUUAUUUUCCUCUAACUUGGUAUUUAACCAAGAUUCUACAUGGCUGUUUGUAUUAGAAGUGUAAAGUAAUACUGUUUGAAAGUUUUAAAUUAUUGAAGUUGUACAGUCUCCAUCAUUGGCUUAGGAAGGUAGAGUGGCAGUCGACCUUUUUUAAUUUAUUUCAAUAGCUGUGUUUUGUGCACUAGAUCUAGUUGCAUUUAUGCAGCUUGGAUUUGGGAGUUUUUUUCCAAUUUAGCUGUGUGAAAUAAAUGAUGGAUGGAGAACAUAUUUUUUUAUACAAGCAUUUCAAUUAAAGUUCACUUUUUGUACAUAA